AUGGACUCGAGCGCAACCGCGGAGGCCCCGUCCCUCCCUUGGAGGGCUUUAUCCAACACAACGAUGUGGGGAGUGGCGGGUCUAUGUCGCGGUUUCCUUUCAGCUUUCUGUCAUGCAGAAUGCCACGGGAAAGAAGCAUUCACCGACCUCUUAGACUCUCGACAUGACGUUUCGCAACGGACACGAGGAUUAAUUACAGUAUCCAAUCACAUCAGCGUACCAUUGUCAUUUUUCUUCACUAUGGGACAGGUGCUGCCCACUCACCGUUCAGCGCAUUCUACAUUCGGUGGUCUAGCUCAACCCGCUAUGACCGAGGCUAUUCGCUUGUUAUCGAAGGGUCCUUUCCCUGUUGACCACCACCGCGCAGCGCCUGAGCAUCAGCACUGGAGCUGGCACAAUGUCUGUGUCGAUCCUUUCUCCGACCUCCAAGUUGCCUACACAACCGAUGGUAAGGACUCGCACCUCGCACCUACCGCGUACUCCUGCAACUCGAAUUCGUGGGUCCAUAUUUUCCCCGAAGGCAAGAUUCACCAGUCACCGCGAAAGACCAUGCGCUAUUUCAAGUGGGGAAUCGCACGGCUCAUCUUAGAGCCCAAAGAGUGUCCUGAUGUAGUUCCAAUGUGGAUUGAGGGCUUCGACGAUGUCAUGCACGAGAGUCGGGAAUUCCCGCGAUUCCUUCCUCGGCCUGGCAAAAAUGUUAGCGUUACCUUUGGCCCCAAGGUGGACUCGGAUGUCGUAUUUGGGGAAAUGAGAUCUCGAUGGCAAAAAUUGAAAGCCAGGGUCGAGAAGAGCUACCCCAAUUCCCGCGACAUGCCCCUGGGUGUCCUAAGUGAUGAGCUGUUGAAUGACAAAGAAGCUGUCGAGUUGCGCAAAGAGGUGACCUUGAAGAUUAGGAACCUUGUCUUGGACAUUCGCCGAUCGCGCGGAUUGCCUGAUGAAGACCCGAAGGAGGGCUUGGUGGAUACCUGGCUGGAGGAGGGUCCCAAGCGUGAAGGCCAUAUGAAGGACGAUUCCUGGGUUCGGGAUAUCUGA